AUGCUCUCAUACUCUUGCCUACUAACAAGUGGAGAACUAACCAAUCACAACUCAGCAUCCAGUCAUCCAUACUCAACCGAGUCGUUGAACUCUCAGUUGCCGCAUCACAUUGUAAGACAUGAUCAAAAUGGUGUGCAACAUACCACAGUUGACUCCAGUCUUUACUUGAGGCAAUCUACCGCUGAGGAUAUACAAGAUUUAGGCAGAUAUAACACAGUCGAUUCGGGCGCAUUCCAGCGUAAACCCACGGAUGGCCUCAUAUCAGAUUCACCGAAGCAUCUGUCUACAAGUCUUGAGGUCACUUUGGAGGCUGAUGUCGCAUAUAAGGUCUGCAACUCAGCCUUACAUGGGUUAAAAGCACACCUGCCACAAAAUGAGAGCUCAGAAUGGGCUGGUAGAUACCUACCUACUUCUGAAUUACUUGCGUCAGCCACAUAUCGUGCCUUUGAUUGCUCAAGUUUGGAUGUCGAGAAGAAACGUGACGUCUUCGUGGACCCCAUUGCUAAACAUCGGCAAGUCCGUGCGACAUGUCACUCACCAAAAAUCCCAUCCAUCAGAAGCACGUCAGCCAGCGGUCAAGAUGAAGGGGCAACAAAAGCUCAACUUAUUCGCAACAGUUCAGAGAGGAUUCCCCGGUCCACCGAAGAACAAACAACAGGAAUUCAUACCAGUGUGUCCGGGGUAUCGUCAUCGACAGACUUGGUCAAAGACGUUGAACGAACCAAGCUGAACUUGGAGGCUCCGAUUGAGGAGUUCAGUUUUGAGUUUGCCCAACACAAUUUAUCUGUUGCCCAAGCCGCGUCCUCGUUUGUUCGGUCACUCACGGGGUUUGGGCUCAAGAGUUCCGGUUCGGGAUUUCUCUUCCCCAGCUCAACUAACCAUCCGCUCACACUGUCUGAGAGCACACCACUCAUACUGAACAGUAUGAACUUGUCAAGUUCACUGAAUACGCUACGUGGUCACCAGACGACAACACAACGCGAAAUGAACUCCGGUCAUUUGCAUUCACCGAGAUCUCCUUGUUCUCCAGCCUCUACUGUCUUGCAUGAUGAAGCGAGUAGUGUAGCCAAAAUGUUACUUGGAGAUCACACAGGGCACUAUUCAACCACUGCUUCUUGUCCCACACCAGCUAGACGACGACACCGAACAACCUUCUCGCAAGAGCAACUUCAGGAAUUGGAGUCAGCAUUUCAGAAAUCACACUAUCCAGAUAUCUACUGUCGGGAGGAACUGGCAAGAAUGACCAAGCUGAAUGAGGCACGUAUACAAGUUUGGUUUCAAAAUCGUCGGGCAAAAUACAGAAAGCAGGAAAAGCAACUGGCCAAACAACAGCAUACGUCUGUUCCUCAUGCACACGGACAGUUCUCCACCCCGUUCAUACACCAUCCCGGUCAGCAGCCACCGUUGCCGUCAUAUGUUCACCCACCAGGUAUAUAUGGUGCAAGCCCACCAAAUCUCCCCGGAUUUCUUGGACAUUCUUCAUACAACGCUUCUUUUCCCUACCCUCAUAACGUGACAGUGCCAACCAACUUUCUGGGUUCACCACAACUGGUUGGCGGUUCCCCUUCACUACAAAAUUUGGGGACAAGCUCGUUAAUGAACUGCUAUGGGGCAUCACAUAUUCCUCAAAGUGUUCGAAGAACAGGAAAUGGGAUUUUUCAGACACAACCUUACACACAGGUCUCACAGCAAGCAGCUCAAAAUGGGCUAACAUCUGCUGACUCAGCACUACUUGGAGACUUGAGUGGAAGAGAGGUUGCCACACUCAAUCAAGAUUGUGUACACUCAUCAAAUUCUCUUUCUCAACUGCCCCACUCAACAGUACCGUUAUUGCCUGAGCUGUCUAGAGGCAGUCCUUUAACACAAAGAGCUGCCGCAGCAGCAGCUGCAGUUGCGGCUGCUGGCUGGCGCUACCCUCGUCCCACCAUUCGCCCUGAUGAUGAAACAUCCCGGCAGUCACUGGUCAAUUUCAACACAAUGAUGCAAAGCGUCAACUCACCCAGCUUCACCCUGAAUCAAUCGGAUUCACGGAUGGAAUUUAAUGGACUAUGGAGGGAACAAGAAAACGGCAAACAAACGGACAACAUAGACCCUCGCCGAUCGGUUAUUCUAUCGAACUCCGUAAACCUUGCUGCGGUCGCAGCGGCUGCAGCUAUCUGCCAACAACAAACAUCAGUGCGAAUGCAAGAUAUCAGCCCACCGUUGCCUGUCAGCUCACCAUACGUUGUUCCGACUAGCAACAUUCCACAGGCAUUUACAUCGGAUUCGGAAAUGAAACAUGCUGAGUAUGCAGCUAGCGCACUUGGACUGAAGUCAAAUAUCGUUCUGACAACAUCGGAUUUAAACGCCGACAAGCUGAAGAAUGAGGAUGUGUGCACUAGAAAGCUGGUGAAGCCGGGCUGUCCGAGUCCUCCUAUGAUAUGCAGUCUUCGGGAAUUCCAUCACGAAGACAACCCAACGCAACUCCCAGGUGGUCAGCCGAAAUCAACUAAUUUACCAGUGAAAACUACCUCUGGUGAGGGCCUGGAAAUAAAGUCUCUGACACAGACCAACAGUAUGAUUAUACCGCAUUUUGGUCCACUAAGUCCCUCAGUCAGAAUGACUCAUCCAAAACCAAGUAUCUACGAUAGUACCGAGUCACCCCCCACUGCUGGUCAGAUAAUUUCCAGAGAGUUGGGAACAAGUUGUCAGGCCGAUUCUGAAGGCAAACUUUUCGGUGGCGACGAAAACCCAAGGGCACUUCCUAUACUGGUACAUGCUGAUGGAACUUCCUUCGCAGCCUCUAGCUACACCAACUGGAGCUCAGUUCCACAGGCGCAUAAUUCUCCGGCGCGUACACGUUUCUCACAGACGGAAGCUUUUUGCAAUAACAAAGACAACCCGAUCUUUACCACCCGUCCACUUCGUGAGGACCAAAUAGGGAACAAUCGCAUUACGCAACUUUCGACCAGCCGUCUGCCAGAACAUGCGAGCAACCAGUUGUCCCGCUACCUGAUGUCCACCCACUCAACCUCAAGCAGAUCAAACGAGCGUAUGGUUCCUGAGGUUCUAAGAACCACUCCAACUGAUGUCCUCAAUCCGGGUAUACUAGGAAUGGGAGGUCGUUGCCCGAACUUCGUGAGUCUUUGCUUGAACAUCUAUAGAUUUGUCAAUGUAUUAACUAUGGAUGUUUAG